AUGGCCGAAGUCGGCGAGGACAGCGGCGCCCGCGCCCUGCUGGCGCUGCGCUCGGCUCCCUGCAGCCCGGUGCUAUGCGCCGCGGCGGCCGCCGCCGCCUUCCCGGCCACCGCGUCCCCGCCGCCGCCGGCGCAGCCUCCGCCCGGGCCGCCCGCGCCGCCCGCUGUGCCCGGCCCCGGGCCGGUGCCCUCCACCACCGCCACCACCACCGCCACCACCUCCGCCACCUCCGCCACUGCCACUGCCGCCGCGCCCGCCCUGGUGGCCGCGGCCGCUGCCUCUGUGCGCCAGAGUCCUGGGCCAGCCCUGGCGCGCCUGGAGGGUCGGGAGUUCGAGUUCUUGAUGCGACAGCCCAGCGUCACCAUCGGCCGCAACUCGUCGCAGGGCUCGGUGGACCUGAGCAUGGGCCUGUCGAGCUUCAUUUCCCGGCGCCACCUGCAGCUCAGCUUCCAGGAGCCUCACUUCUAUCUUCGCUGCCUCGGCAAGAACGGCGUCUUCGUGGACGGGGCCUUCCAGAGGCGUGGAGCGCCCGCCCUGCAGCUUCCCCAACAAUGCACCUUCCGGUUCCCGAGCACGGCCAUCAAGAUCCAGUUCACGUCCCUGUACCAUAAGGAGGAAGCCCCAGCAUCCCCCCUGCGGCCGCUCUACCCACAGAUCUCCCCACUGAAGAUCCACAUUCCGGAGCCGGACCUCCGGAGCCUCGUCAGCCCCAUCCCUUCCCCGACCGGCACCAUCAGCGUCCCCAACUCCUGCCCAGCCAGUCCUCGAGGAGCUGGGUCCUCCGGUUACCGCUUCGUCCAGAACGUGACCUCAGACCUUCAGCUGGCUGCAGAGUUUGCAGCGAAGGCCGCUUCUGAGCAGCAGGCAGACACAUCUGGCGGGGACAGCCCUAAGGACGAGUCGAAGCCACCGUACUCCUAUGCGCAGCUGAUCGUGCAAGCCAUCUCCUCGGCCCAGGACAGGCAGCUAACACUAAGUGGCAUCUAUGCCCACAUCACCAAACAUUACCCUUACUACAGGACUGCAGACAAGGGCUGGCAGAACUCUAUCCGACACAACCUCUCCCUUAACCGUUACUUUAUCAAAGUCCCUCGGUCCCAGGAGGAGCCUGGGAAGGGCUCUUUUUGGCGGAUAGACCCUGCCUCCGAAGCCAAGCUUGUGGAACAAGCAUUCCGAAAGCGGAGACAGAGAGGCGUCUCCUGCUUCCGCACCCCCUUCGGGCCUCUGUCCUCCCGGAGUGCUCCAGCUUCCCCCACCCACCCUGGACUGAUGUCCCCUCGUUCCAGUGGCCUGCAGACCCCAGAGUGCCUGUCUCGGGAGGGCUCCCCCAUUCCACAUGACCCCGACUUGGGGUCAAAGUUAGCCUCUGUUCCAGAGUAUCGUUAUUCCCAGAGUGCCCCAGGCUCCCCUGUCAGCACCCAGCCCGUGAUCAUGGCUGUCCCUCCCCGACCGUCCAACUUAGUGGCUAAGCCUGUCGCCUACAUGCCAGCUUCCAUAGUGACCUCCCAGCAGCCCCCAGGCCACGCCAUCCACGUGGUGCAGCAGGCCCCCACCGUCACCAUGGUGAGGGUAGUUACCACCUCAGCCAACUCAGCCAAUGGGUACAUCCUGGCCAGCCAGGGCUCAACUGGGGCCUCCCACGACACAGCAGGCACAGCCGUGCUGGACCUGGGCAAUGAGGCAAGAGGUUUGGAAGAGAAGCCCACUAUAGCAUUUGCCACAAUCCCCGCAGCCAGCCGAGUUAUCCAGACGGUCGCCAGCCAGAUGGCCCCUGGAGUCCCUGGACACACAGUCACCAUCCUACAGCCGGCUACACCAGUGACCAUCGGGCAGCACCACCUUCCAGUCCGGGCUGUCACUCAGAAUGGGAAGCAUGCUGUGCCCACGAAUAGCUUGCCUGGCAACACUUAUGCCCUCACCAGCCCCCUGCAGCUCCUGGCCGCCCAGGCGAGUUCAUCCACGCCAGUGGUCAUCACGCGGGUGUGUGAGGUAGGGCCCGAGGAGCCAACAGCAGCCGUCUCAGUGGCAGCCAAUGCUGCGCCGACCCCAGCCACCUCCACCACCACAUCUGCCUCUUCCAGCGGGGAGCCCGAGGUCAAGAGGGCACGGAUAGAGGAGCCCAGUGGGACAGCCACCACACAGCCCACGGCAAUGGCAGCCACCGGCCCUCAGGGCCCAGGUACUGGCGAGUGAAAUUGCCUGCAGGAAGGUGGAGUGGGACUCACGCCACAGGAGCCCAGUGGCCAGCAGCUGCACACAAGGACCGAGAAGAGAAGCUCACAGCUACCUGCAGUGCGUGCCACAAGGGUGGCUGCCACACUCGGACAAUUUCCUUUUUAUCUCCUGUCCUCCCAUCGUUUGAAACAAACACAUAAACACGUUCAGACAACUUGAUUGUAUGAAUCUGGGGGUUCUGUGUGUUUUUCUUACCCCCUUCCUCAUGCCAUCGCCUCUCCCGAGUUCUUGUGGGAGAAGGUCUAGCCCAGCUCCUCAGGAACUGAUCCCAGCCAGCACCCACAAGAAGAGCCUGCACCCCAGGACUGGACAGAAGCGCAGCACCAACCCAGGCUGCUCCCUUUGGGAGCCAGUCCACAGACUUCCUGUUUGUAACUGAUCGGGGAUAGAACAGAGACCUUCCCAGCCACAGGCUGGGUUACAGAGCCCUCUCCCCAAAAGUGGCAUAGGUUGUGGCAUUAACUGGAGUCAGGGAGGUCUACUUUGCCUUUGGACCCUAAAUGUUUCUUUCAAUUAAACAUGGAAUUCGGCCUCCUCUCAAACCUGA